UCAAAACAGACCUUGGAACUGCUGGAUUGACUGUUUUGUAGUGACUCUCUGCAGUGUCGCCUCGGCCGCGAAAGCUUUGCCAAGUUUGGUUUUUUGCUGUUUUUUUUUUCGGGCUGAUAUACGUGGGAGCCGCAAAUGAAGCCUCAUCCCCCGUUGAGCUUCAUUGGCAAUUGGAUGACGAAACAGUAGUCACGAACUAAAGUUGAGAGGCGAAUGAAAAAUCCAUAAAUUGAUUGCAUAAAGUAAACACACUCAGGCAGAGUUUUAGGAAAAACCCUUUCGCUUGGAAAAUGUUGCUGCCCAAGGUGCGAACGGGUGGCAAGUGGAGCAGCUGCUGCCACCACAUGUGGGAGAUGUUGAUGUCGCCGAUAUCGCCACGCAAUUUGCGCACCACAGCACUGCUGACAAGCAUCUACCAACUGCUCAUUGCUCAUUCGAUUCUGUUUGUGGUGUUGCUGUGCUUGGCGCAUGCGGAGCAAAUGCGUCAUCUGCUCGAUUUGGAUAUAUUGGAUCAGAAGGAUAGUGGUUUCUAUAAUAUGUCACCCUUCCACAAUGAUAUGCGACUCAAGACGGCUGCCCAACUGGCAGAUGCCACCGAAAAUGCACUCUAUGUCCUGGCGGGUAUUACAUCUAUUUAUGCACUGAGCGCUAUAACUCUAUUCUUUGGCGUAUACAAGAAUAAGCCCGGUCUGAUAAUACCCUGGCUGGUAAUCGAAUUUCUGGGCGUGAUUGCCGUUGGCGUUGUUAUCUUCAUGCUAAAGGAUACCAAAUUGCCAAUGCUAUUUGGCGGACAGUGUUUGUAUUUUAUCAUCUGCUACUCGCUUCUUUUGAUGGAUGGCUUCAAGUGGUAUGUGAUGCACAGUUUCUAUCAGAGUCUACGCACAAUGAAUAAAUUGCGAGAGAUUGCCACCGUGGCUAUACCCUGUCCAGCACCAGGAGCAAUUCCAUAUCAGUUCCGCAGGGAGCACAUGUAUUUGGGCAGCAAUGGGUACAAACACAUUCUAACUGAAUCGCCGGAUGGACAGUGUUAGAUUUAAAACCACUUGCGACUAUUAAACUAUCAUCUCCUCUCUCCUAAUCCUACCCUUGACAUCGAACUUCCAGCAUCAAGUGUCUUAAAUUCUCUUUCAAUUUCGAUUAGUAUUUUGUAUUGCUUAUCAUUAUUUGUUGGCGUUUUUUUUGGAACGUGUGUGAUAUGGAAAAGAAAUAAAUAAAUAACCACAGAUAACUAUUUUAGAUAAAAAAUGGAUUAAAAAGUAUGUACGUAGACGUUAUAUUCUUAUGGCAAUAUAUACACAAAAAUACAUAAGCAUAUACAGAACGCCGAACACUAGCAAUAUCAAUAUCUACUACGCUAGAUAUUCACAAAACUAUUUUCAAUGUAGUGCUUUAAAUCUUCCCUUAAUAUAAUUUAAACUUUAGAACACUAGUCGUUUAAUAGUUGUGAAAUAUUUCACUUAACUUUAAUAAAGCAAAGAAUAAAACCAGUUAA